UAUUGUGUCAUGUACGUACUUUCUGACUUGACAGUGGUGGUGCUUCUGCGGGUGCUGAACAGUGUGGAUAGAAACCGGAUAGAAAUCUAUAAAGAUGGCCUCAGCAACAGCAACCUACGGGCAGAAGGAGUCUUCGGACCAAAACUUUGACUACAUGUUCAAAAUCCUCAUCAUUGGCAACAGCAGUGUGGGAAAAACAUCCUUCUUGUUCCGCUACGCCGACGACUCCUUCACACCGGCCUUUGUCAGUACAGUGGGCAUCGACUUCAAGGUGAAAACUAUCUACAGGAAUGACAAGAGGAUCAAAUUGCAGAUCUGGGACACGGCGGGGCAGGAGCGCUACCGCACUAUCACCACAGCCUACUACCGGGGAGCCAUGGGCUUCAUCCUCAUGUACGACAUCACUAACGAGGAGUCCUUCAGUGCUGUCCAGGACUGGUCGACUCAGAUCAAGACGUACUCGUGGGACAACGCCCAGGUGCUGCUGGUCGGGAACAAGUGCGACAUGGAGGACGAGCGGGUGGUGGGCGGAGAUAGAGGCCGGCAGCUGUCUGAGCACCUCGGUUUCGAGUUCUUCGAGGCCAGCGCCAAGGACAACAUCAAUGUGAAGCAGACCUUUGAGCGCCUGGUCGACAUCAUCUGCGAAAAGAUGUCGGAGAGCCUGGACGCCGGAGAUCCCGCCGUUACAGGGGCCAAACAGGGGCCCCAGCUGACGGAGCAGCCAGCUCCUCCUCACCAGGACUGUGCAUGUUAAAUAUGACUCCCCCUCAAACCCCUUUUCUCCCUCUUGCUCUUUGUCAUCCCUCAGCUGGAUCCCAGGGCCUCGGGUCAAAUGCUCCCAUCACCCUUCCACUCACUUUCCUGCUUUUUUCUGUAACCUAGCAUGGAUGAUUGGCUGAGGGGCACCAGAGCCAGGUUGAAAAGGGUCUGAAAUGCUCUCAUAAAAGAGGUAAUUGUGUGGCUGAUUUUGGUCUGAUGCCAAAACCAAGUUCCAUCAAAUCAGAGUGUUUCAGACUCUUUGUGAACCAGGUUUCUGAAGGUUCCCGACCCAUCAUUUGUUCACUCCUUGUUCCUCAGUGUGGUUUUCCAAGAAGGAUUUGACGGCGUUUGUCUUGAGAGUGCCAUUUAAAUCCUUCCGUUCUUUACAGUACUUGGUUUCAUGUCAGUCAAAUGUCUUGGUAAGGUGUCAGCCUCGGAUACGGUGUCGAGGAAGACCGCACAGCAGUUCAUUUGGCAAGGCUGAUCCUGGUGAAAUCUGUUCCAAACUCACUUAGUUUCUUUCAGGAUCGGACUGAAUCAAACAUACACGGAUCUGUGUUUCAUAUUUUGUCUGGUAUCUCAACAUGGAUAGUUCAGGUGUUAUCAAGUGUUUUGUUUUCAUUGACAUCCGAGCAUUUUUUUUUACAUGUUUUUUAUUCUGACGCUCCCUUUAUUCUUUUAAUUCUGGGUGUGGGAAAUAUGAACAAGAUAGAGCUACAUAAAAGUAGCAAAACAUUAGAAGAGAACUUUUAUUUAAUUAUAUUUAUUUAAAAUGUACAUAUAAAUGUUGUGCAAUAUAUAUAUACAUAUAUGUAUAUAUAUGAUAUCUACUGGGAUGCAUUCCUUUGAAUUAAUUUAAAAUUGAUAGAGUUCUAUGAGGAAAGUAUCAAGUAUAAGACGUCCAUGUUGUUGGGUUUGUUUGGGUUUGUUUGGAUGAUGUGUGGAAUUGUUUUUAACCCUCGCGAGCUCCUCCGUGAGUUGUUUCAUUUCCCUGUCGGUUUUGUCUUAUGCUGCCCUCCAAAUAUGUCAGAAAUCCAAACUGUGCUUGGAAAAUACAGUUAUGAAGUUUAAUCUAAAUGUCUAAAAAUUACCAACAUGUUUUUCAUCCUUCAAAUCCUCUCUGUGAUUUCCAACUAAUUUAAGGGCAUCUGAAAAGCAUUUACUGUAACCCAGUUGUACAGUUUGUGCUUAUGAAAUAGAAACAUUUCAUGUAAAAUGUCAUCAUCAAACUGGUUUGGAAGGUGCAAACGUUCUGUUUUGUUUGAGGAUUUUGAUGUAAUUUUGCCUUGAUCAAAUAUUUGACCCUUGAGACUGAAAGGACACGUCAGGAGAGAAUAGUAUAAUGUGUGCUGCACCACCAACACUCAGCGAUUUGGUGUUUCGUUGCCUAGCGACAAACAGCCCAACAGUAGGCAAGUAACUUCUUCAGAAUCAGUAUUCGAGUCGGUUUGUCUGUGUAGGAUAUUGUCUCAGUCUUCAGGUGUACUAUGGACAGCACUGUUUAACAAGCAUUAAACAGCUGAAGGCUGAAAUGUUCACAGUUUUUAAACACUUGUUUCAAGUCAUUGCAGGAAUGAAACAUUUUGUUGAGAGGUUUUGUUGGUUCCAACGUCACAUAUCAGCUAACAGCUGUUUUUAAGUAUACAUAUAGCAGACACUAGCACUGAGGCAAAGCAAUCUGAACGUAUUUGUUUACCAGUUUAAAUACAGCAUCCAAAGUUAUAGCCGGUCUGCUGGGUGCUCCUUUUUUUCAAUUUGCCAAAGAUUGCCGCAUAGGAGGCUCAUUGUUUUCGGAGUUGACACCGCAUUGAGCCGUGUGGCAAAAUUUAAAACUGUAAUUAGACAAAAUGACAAGAGAGAGGAUAGUUGAGAGGGUAAAGCACUUUACCUCUGUGUCAUUAUGGAGGUCCAAACUGUCAAGUCUUAUUUUGUGUGAUCAAAGAAAAUUUGAUUCAGAAAGUAUUUAUUUUGAACAUAUGAAUGACACACAAACCCGAGAUCGGAUGAGCCAUUCACUAUUAAAAUUUGAAAAGAUGAGACUGUUGUUGAAAAACUGAUUAUUAUAAGAAAAGAAGUGAUUGUGACAAACCUGAGAGCUCAUUUUGAUCCUGAGUAUAUUUUACUUCUUACUGGUUGGGACUUUUAAACUGUUCUCCUUUCUAAUAUGUCUUCCUCUCUAUAUAAACCAGAACUGUAAAUACUGUUUCUUCGAGUCAAAUGUGUGGAUUGUGUUGUAUCGACUCAGGUUUGCAGCAAAGAAAAAAAGAGCAAAAAAAAGGCAGUAAUAUCCUGAAACCUUCCCCUAAAAGAGCCCUGUUGUACUGCAUCUGCAUUCUUUACUAGGCCUGCUUGUGAAUGAAUGUGUCACUCUGUUACAAAAGCAAUACACACUACAGUCUCUUCACUAAAAAGAAAUGCCAUCAAGCUUGGUAGAAGUUGCCGACUUUAGAUCUUCUACUAGCACGCAGGAACAUGUACUUUAUUUGGUCUCGUGUCACUGCCUUUACACUCGCUCCUCAGUUUGGGCCAUUAGGAGGAGGAAAUGCUGUGGAUGUUUUUAAUUGUACUUUGUGGUAAAACAAUAAACGGAAUUACUAACACGCA